AUGAUGAUUCAUCCUUCGGUACGCCGUCAACACCUUCGCCGAAGGCUGCACCAUCGGCAGCAACCGGUGUCGGAUUUAGUGCGGAACCAUAAACCGUACAGAGCGCCGGUAGAAUCUGCUCGAUGGGCGUUGAUCGUCAUGGUGAUCAUUUUCAUUAAUCAGCUUACCGAAGGUCUGGAGUUGAACGAGACGCUGAUAACACAGCGCCAUCAGCAGCACCGGUACACGAUUGAUGAGCUGCUCGAUGCGCGCUUUCCGAAAAGCAUCUCCGGUGACAUCGACAUGGAUCCUUGCAAAUCGAGUGGAUUUAUGGGCGACAUCGCUAUGCCGAACGUAAAUUAUGAAACCGAAUGGCAGCGACAACGGUUGAACAAGAGCCUCGAGCAGGACAUCGUCAAGCUGAAGCAGGAGGUGUACCUCGAAGGGUUGCAGGUAGAGGAGGAGGGCAUGACGGACAUGAUACGGAAGAAAACGAAACAACGCGCCUCAACACCACUCUCCGGUAUGACAUCAAACAGCGGCGGUCAGUACGGGCGUUCCCCAUCGGGUACAUCGUACGAGAGUGAAAAUUCCAUCACGGACAGUUCCGGUGAACCUCCGGUACGGGCCACCAUCAUCGACAAUCGGGACAACAUCAUUGUGCGCCGUGAGCCCGAAGCUGCGGUGGAAAAGAUGAGUGAGAAAAAAACUACCACCCCAAACAAAAAAAAUGCCACCGGUGCCGCGCGGAAUAUUGACCAUAAUCGGAUCCAGUCCGACACGAAGGACAUCGUUAUCGAUUCGAUCAGCGAUAAUAUUAUCAGCAACAAUCACGCCAGCAGGAAAGUAGUCACAUCUGCUUUACUGACGAAAACACUAUCAACAACGACGGCGACGAUGACGACGACGUCAACAACAUCGACAACAAUGGCUUCCGUAUCAGUGGCAGGACACUUUGCCGAUCCGGAAGCUUCCCGUCAACGAGCAGGCAGUAGCGAAUCUACCGUUACAGGUACGCCUGCAGUGGAGCUUAUGCAACGACAGCAUCCGUCAAAUGAGCAGAACGGUCAGUUAACGAGCGGUAACCGUGAACAAGAUGCUGGACAAACCCGUACCCGUAGACGCCACCGCCGCAGACGUCGUCAGCAGCAACAACAUUCGUCUCCCCUGCAUCCCAAGCUACAGGAUGCGGUAGAACGUAUCAUUGGCAUCGGUGAUCCAACAACUAAAAGCACAUCCGGGCAGCCGUCUUCGGCGAAUGGACCGGUCAACAAAAAUUCGUACCACUCACGAUUGGAACGUUUGCGUGUCGAACUGGGCACAGUAACGUACUCGGUGCGGGAUCGCAAUCUUCGAUCGAGUCACCAGCAGCAACAUAAUCAGGACGAGCAAGACGAACCGGUGGAACAAAGGUCAGAAAACCGUACACCGAAGAAGAAGAGACGUCGCGCUGGAGGUGACAGCAAACGGAAACAUCAUCAGGAGGAUGUCAUCACUAACGACCACGGAAAGCACGGCAACGAUGAUGGUAAUAACAACGAACAGCGGGAGAACAUGCCCGUUGAUAUGGCCAACUUUGGCGCCAGGAAUGGGUGGAUGGACGAUGGAUACGACGGUCAGUUCUAUCAUCCUCGCGCACACCACCAGCAGCAGCAACAUCGUCAUCAUUCUGAACAUCACCUUCACGAACAGCCUUACCAAAAGCAAUCCACCCAAACGUCGGUGCAGGACAAGAGCGACAAUGCCAUGAAUUUGCAUUUCCGACCGGACCAUAAAGCACCAACUCCGGGAGCUCAAGAUCCAUCCCAACCGAACGUACCUGUUGAAGACGAGCCUGAAAGCCAUGUUUACUAUGCUUCCGAGGACAAUCAUCAACAUCAUCGUGUGGCACGGGCGGCUACGGCAAAGAAGGAACGAAUAUGGGACUUUGGCGUCAUACCGUACGAGAUUGAUGGGAACUUUAGCGGCAUGCAUAAGGCCCUCUUCCGGCAGGCGAUGCGUCACUGGGAGAACUAUACUUGCAUCAAGUUCGUCGAGCGCAAUCCAAUUGACCACCCGAACUAUAUCGUUUUCACGGAGCGUGCCUGUGGCUGCUGUUCGUUUGUCGGCAAACGAGGCAAUGGUCCACAGGCCAUUUCAAUCGGUAAGAACUGCGACAAAUUUGGCAUUGUGGUGCACGAGUUGGGUCACGUGGUCGGUUUCUGGCACGAGCAUACCCGUCCGGACCGGGAAAAUCAUGUCGUGAUCGAGAAGAACAACAUCGUAGUCGGGCAGGAAUACAACUUCAACAAGCUCACCGAAGAUGAGGUUAACUCGCUCGGUUUGCCGUACGACUACGAUUCGAUAAUGCACUACGCGCGCAACACAUUCUCCAAGGGUACCUAUUUGGAUACGAUUUUUCCCAUCGAAAUACCGGGCCGCAAGAGGCCCGAAAUCGGUCAACGAUUGCGUUUGAGUGAGGGUGACAUCGCACAAGCGAACCUGCUGUACAAAUGUGCUAAGUGUGGACGAACGUUUCAGGAAAACUCGGCCAGCUUCACCUCCCCGACGUACUACUCCACCUCACCACCGGCCGAACCAGAACGUUGUGAAUGGCGUAUCACGGCAACGCACGGCGAAAGGAUAGUUUUGAACAUAACCGAUCUGGAUAUUUACAAAUCAAACAGCUGCCGGUCAGAUUACCUGGAAAUUCGGGAUGGUUACUGGCACAAGUCGCCGAUAUUGGGGAAAUUUUGCGGUUCCGGCAAGGUGAACGAGCUGAUACGCUCGACCGGCAGUCGUAUGCUGCUCACGUACACAACCACCUUCCGGCAGGCGUCGAUGCGGGGCUUUGCGGCCAACUACGAAGCAAUCUGUGGCGGCGACAUGAACCUCGAAUCUGGCGGACGUCUAGAAUCACCAAACUAUCCCGUCGACUACCUCCCGAACAAGGAGUGCAUCUGGCGCAUAACCGUGCCGAAAGACUAUCAGGUCGCUUUAAAGUUUCAAUCGUUUGAAGUGGAAAACCACGAUAACUGCCUUUAUGACUACGUCGAGGUACGGGAUGGCGGUACGGCCGAUUCGCGGUUGAUUGGUGUUUUCUGCGGCUACAAAAUACCACCUGAUAUGAAGUCAACGUCCAACAAACUGUUUGUUAAGUUCGUCUCGGACGGUUCGGUGCAAAAGGCAGGAUUUUCGGCCACCUUCAUGAAGGAAGUGGACGAGUGCGAGCACAUGGAUCACGGUUGUGAGCACGAGUGCAUCAACACGCUCGGGGGUUACGAGUGCGCCUGUUACAUCGGUUACGAGCUACACAGCGAUAAGAAAUCAUGCGAGAAUGCCUGCGGUGGUCAGCUGGACACCCCGAACGGUACCAUCCUGUCACCGUCAUUUCCGAAGGAGUAUCCCAUCAUGAAGGAGUGCGUGUGGGAGAUAGUGGCACUGCCGCAGCACAAAAUCACCCUCAACUUUACCCAUUUCGAUCUGGAGGGCAACACGUUUUACCAGGCGUCCGAAUGCGAGUACGACUAUGUGGCGGUGCUGUCCAAAAGCCCGGAUGGGACGCUUCACAAGCACGGUUCGUUCUGUGGGUACAACGUACCGGCACCGAUUACGUCCGAGUGGAAUAUCCUACGGGUGGUUUUCAAGUCCGAUAAGACGAUCCAGAAGACGGGCUUUGCCGCUGUUUACUUUACCGACAUUGAUGAGUGUGCAGUGAACAAUGGCGGAUGCCAGCAGGAGUGCAAAAACACAGUCGGGUCGUACGUUUGCUCCUGCCGCAACGGGUACACGCUGCACGACAAUGGGCACGAUUGCAAGGAGAGUGGCUGCAAGCACGAGAUCUUUACACCGCACGGCCAAAUCCUUAGCCCGAACUAUCCGGACUACUAUCCGCCAAAGAAGGACUGCAUCUGGCACUUUACCACAACACCCGGCCAUAGGAUACGGUUGGUGUUUAACGUGUUCGAUAUUGAACCGCAUCAGGAAUGCGCUUACGACCAUAUUGUAAUCUAUGACGGAAACUCACCGGACAGUCACACCUUGGGGAGGUUCUGUGGCGCCAAAAUACCACACCCGAUCUCGUCCUCGUCCAAUCAGAUGUACAUGGUGUUCAACACGGACACGAGCGUUCAGCGGAAGGGUUUCUUCGCGAGCCAUUCGACCGCUUGUGGUGGCCGGCUGAAGGCGACCGAAGUCAAGAAUCACUUCUACUCGCACAUCAAAUUUGGCUCGGGCAUGUAUGACAACGGUGCCGACUGCGAGUGGACGAUUGUAGCCGAUUCGGGCCAGAAUGUCCAGCUAAAGUUCCUGAGCUUCGAGUUGGAGGAGGAAAAAAUGUGUUCGUACGAUUACGUUGAGGUAUACGGCGGGCUGGACGACGAGAGUGGCCCCCUGCAUGGAAAGUACUGUGGCAAUGCGAAUCCACCGGAAAUCAUCUCGAUGCAUGAGGCGCUGAUGGUGCGAUUCCGUUCGGACGACACCGUUGGAUUUAAGGGCUUCUCGGCUGCAUACGUUGCGAUCAAGUCGAACGAUGACGUGCUGACCACCGACGAAGAAGGUUCUGAUAGUUCCGAUAUCAUCCCGUUUCCCGGUUCACUAAAAACAGUGUUCAUCAAACAGGGCGAAGAUAUGGACGAGGAGGAGGACGACGAUAUCGAUUAUGAGAUCUACCCAAACCGACCAACCAACACUAAGAUGCACAUCGCGGUGCACAAUGAUAUACGCUCAUCUCAGGCGAUCGACUGAAACAUAAUCAAAUACUUUGCCACGUAAGGUGUUGCAUACGCCAUCGGUACCACCGGCCAACACAACCCUGCGCGAGCUGCCACUACAUGGACAAUAUCA